AUGCGUCAGCAAGAAGAAAUUAAUCGGCACGAUUAUCCCAGAGUUCAUUUCGUUGUUUCUUUAGCAGCUGCAGAGCUGCGGCCAUUCGCCGACAGCCACGAACGCCGUGAGCCCCAUCGUCUGAGCCUGGCGGGAUGGGAAGGACGGCGCCUCGCCCGGCCCGCGGAACGUUUAGAGCCCGGAACCUGCCGCCCGCCUGGCGGGGAAGAGGCGGGGGAAGAGAAAAGAGCGGACGCGGCGCCGCCGCCAUUGUCCGGGUUCCGCUCCAGCCGCCGCCGCCAUUCCCGGCCUGUCCCGGCCAUGUACCGGCCGGGAUUCCGCGCACCGACACCUCCCUACGCGGGCGGCGGCUUCCGGAGCCCUCCCACCGGCGGGGGGCCCCUGCCGCCCUCUCCGCGGGGCUACGGGAGCCCCCACCACACGCCGCCCUACGGCCAGCGGCCCGGGCCGUACGGCAGCGGCCUCUCGCCCCGAGGCCCCGGGUUCCACGGGCGCUUCGGGAGCCCCUCGCCCGGGGCACAGACCCCGCGCAGGCCGCAGAGCGUCAGUCCCCGGUACCCGGCUCCGUACGGCGGCGCGUCCCCGGCCGGAGCGCCUCUGCACCCGCCGCCGCAGCACAAGCGCUCGCCCGGCGGCUUCCAGAGGCACUUCCAGGGAUCACCCAGGACAUCUACUCCAUUUGGUACAGCGCAUGGCAGAGGGAAAAGAGUGUCUAAUGAUGUGGAAAACUAUUACAGACCUUCAAUGCUUGAGGACCCAUGGGCUGGCCUAGAGCCAGUUUCUGUUACAGACAUAAACCAGCAAUACAGCAGUGAGCAAACAACAUUUACUGGUAAAAAGGGGAGGUAUUUCAGCUAACACUUUUAAAGGCCAAAUAACUCCAUCUUGUCAGGAAAACUUUGGGACAGAAUCUUUACACUUACACAAGAUGAACAGUACUCAAGACCUUAGAUAAUACUUUUAUUUCAUUACAUGUCCACCCUUUUAUCCUACCUUUUUUUAUUGCAUUGGAUAUUUUUAUGUAUGGAAGGCAAAAGGAGUGGUAGGAAAACUUAUAUUUCUGGCUAUGUGGAAGUGCCUGCCAGCUCUGAAGAACAGUGUUCUUUAAUCACCAGCGACUGAUUUGUGACUGUUAAAACAAGUUUCCAUAUACUUACCUCUCCUGUGUCAGAUUGUUAGCCUUUUAUUGUAAAGUCUCUUAGGGAGUGGUAUUUUUUAUGUUUCAACUUUUUUAGAAUGAAAUAACUUGGAAAUAAAAUAAAGUUUUGCAAAUCCUUGUUUUGUAAUGUAUAAAUAAUAUUUUAGGAGCUUUGUUAAGGUGUACACGUUAACACAGUAGUUCACAACACUGAAAUUAGGUGACUUCUGUAAAUAUGCUUGUAUGCUGUAGUUAACGUCUGGUUUUGUGCAUAGUAAUUUUUGUUAAUUACAGUGUAAUGUGAAAUUGAAACAUGACUUAUAGCCAUCUCAGGAAACAAAUGUAUUGGUUUUGGAAAGCUUGAUUUGUUGAAAAAACUCUUGAGUCACAAACUUAAUUCUGGAAUUACUUGCUUUUGUGUUUAAAAAUAUAUAUAUAUUUGGAUCAAUAUUAUAAAUUUCUGGAUUAUGGUAAUAAGUCUGUUCAGUGACAGUUUAAGUCUAAAGAACACAUGAAACAUCAAGCUUAAAUAAAUGUUCUUUCUGGAUGCUUACCUGCUAGAAUAGUACAGAAUGCAUGACAGUCUUUGUUGCACAGUUGAUGUUAGUACAUGCACAGCAUCUUUUUUUAAUCUGUUUUAUAUUUUUCAAUUAUUUUUUAUUUUUACUUACAUUAGGCAUUACUGCCAGGAGAAUUGUUUUGUGUGUGUACAUGCUAUAUUUUUAUACUGAAGAGGAAAGCAAUGAGUUGGGAUUUUUUAGAGCUUGUCUUUAUAUGGAAGAUCCAUGCUUAAAUCCAAGAGUGAAUAUCAUAAUCUAGAAUAGAAAAGAAAUAGUUCCACCUGCAGGCAUGUUCUUAACUUGCUAUGUUAAGCCUGCAGUAAUUAGAUAAAUUUUUGUUGAACGUACCUCUAUUUGUUCUGGAUUUUAAGCCAAGGUAGAGUGUAAAAACAUUAAAUAAAAGUGUUAGUUUAGUUUUCAAAAUACAUGUGUUCUUUUAAGCUUCUUACAUCCUCAAAACAUAUUUUUGUAGUCCUGAGGCGUGGUUAGGUAGAUAAGCACAGGAAAUCUCAUUAAACUGUUCUUAGUAACUUUUCUUUUGCUGAGGUGGAAUGGUCCUCUGUACUGUUUAUCUGUUUCAGCAUGAGAUGUGUUAGGUUAAUACUGCCUUCAGGAAGAGCUUCUAACUGUCGGGGGGGGGGGUUAAUAUGUUGAAAUGUCCUGAGUCUCUUGUACUCUUAGGACCACAAUCUAAAGUAUGUCACUUCUGUCUUCCCCCACUUGACCCUGUUAUUUUAGUAUUACAUCCAAAAAGGCUGCCUCAAGAACUGAGAACAUAAUGCCUGCUGGAUAUCAAGAAUGGUUGAAUCAUCCUGGAAUCAAAAAAUGGUGCCUUAAAUGGCAGCUCUCAGUAUUGUUAUCUGUAAUAGGUACCAGCGAAACUGAGAUGACUUGACAAGUUGUAGUCUUUAGAAUUUAUACAUAAGUUAAUGUCACUGUGAAAAUUAAAGUGUAAAGUUUUCUUUCCUUUGUUUUUUUUUUAAAUCUUGUCAGGUGCUGCA